GGGUUUGCAGCACCUUCACUUUCACCACCUCCAACCCCCUCCCCAUCCAGCCUGCUCCCCGACCUCGCCCCCGCUGACGACUGCUUGGUUGCCCCCCCGGACAAUGGGGUUUCUGUCCAAAAGGAAAUCCAACGCACCCCUCUCCUCCCUUGCCCACACUCUUUCGUAACAGACUACCACACACGCGCACUCUCUUUUCAAGGCACCCCCAUCUAGUCCCUACCCACGAUGCAGCCCAUGACCUUCACCUCCCUCUACACCCUCCUCUCCCUGGCCCUACUCGCCCUCGCUGGCGCCCAGCUGGCGGAGGCAGCGACGACGCCGCGUGUGCAGGCGUCCAAUCUGACACAGACCGCCCAGUCCAAGCAGCGCGCAGCGGCCAUCAAGGUCAGCUUCCAGAGUAGCUUUGCCGCGUACAAGCAGUAUGCUUUCCCUGCAGACGCACUCCUGCCGCUCAGCAAGGGCAAGCAGAACAACCUUGGCGGAUGGGGCGCUACCGCCAUUGACGCCAUCACAACUGCCAUCCUGAUGAACGACACAGACAUUGCCAACAGCAUGAUAUCCUACGCCCAGACGGUCAACUACGGCAGCACAUCCCAGUCGACCAUCUCGCUGUUCGAGACCAACAUCCGCCACCUCGGAGGCUUGCUCUCCGCAUACGAGCUAACGGGCAAGAAGAACAGGAAGCUCGUCCAGCAGGCCGAAGUUGUCGGCAAACAUCUGCUCAAGGGCUGGGUUGGCUCCAACGCCAUCCCGUUCAACUCGCUGCGCAACUGGAACACGUACGGCAAGCCAGACGCGAACGGCGGGCGCGCCAUCAUCGCCGAGGCUGGUACCCUGCUGCUCGAGUUUAGCAAGCUGAGCAAGUACACGGGCAACGACACUUAUCUCUCGUAUGCGCGCCGCAGCAUGGCCGCUAUCGUCAAGUCCCCUAGCGUCUUCCCCGGUCUGUACGGCCAGGGCAUCAACCCGGUGACAGCCCUGCCGAUGGACGACUACGUGACGUGGGGUGGAGGCUCCGACUCAUUCUUCGAGUAUCUGAUCAAGUACGCAUACCUUGCCGGCAACUCGUCCAGCAUUUUUGCCGACGCGUGGAUCCACAGCAUCCAGUCUUCCAUCAAGCAUCUUCUCGUCGUCCCGCAGGGGCACCCGGAGCUACUUUUCCUGUCCGACUACGCCAAGUCGUACGGUGGCGACAUCCCCCGCUGGUCGCACCUCGGCUGCUUUGCGCCUGGCAACUGGAUUCUCGGCGGGAAAAUCCUUGGUGUACCAGGGUUUGUUGACUAUGGCUACCGCCUCGCCAGCUCGUGUGCGCAUACGUAUUCGGCCUCCGCGACGGGCAUCGGGCCCGAGGCGUUCGUAUAUAAGGAGAAUGAUGGCAGCACCAACGGCGUAACCAUCUCCAACGAGGCGCAGUACAACCGCGCCGGCUUCGACUACGACUCGCCCGCGUACGUCCUGCGCCCUGAAGUGAUGGAGAGUGUCUUUUACGCCUGGCGUGCCAGCGGCGACCCCGCGUGGCAGGAGAUCGCGUGGAACGCGUUCCAGAGCAUUAGCAAGUACUGCAAAACAGACACAGCGCUCGCCGCAAUUCAGCAGGUCAACAAUACCGCCACGGGCCAGUACGACGAUUCGGAGAGCUUCCUAUACGCCGAGUUGUACAAAUAUCUCUACCUUAUCUUUGCCGAUCCCAACGUUGCGCACCUCGACAAGUAUGUCUUCAACACCGAGGGGCACCCGUUCGAGCUAGACCGCCCCGGCGCGUUCCAGGCGCGCCACAGCACCGUCGUGCCCUCGCCCCAGCCCGCUAUACAGAAGCAGCCGACGCGUACGCACACCGCUAGCAUGGUGCCCAUGCCUGUCUUCUCCAACAUGCCGCAGGCAGCCAGCGCGUUCGUCGGCGCCGUGCAGAGCACCGUCGCGCGCGCCCUCGCCAGCGGCAGCGCCAGCGGCGCCAGCGCGAAAAAGGCAGCCAACGCGGUCAGACGCCACUUCCAGAAGAGUGCGCACGCAUUCUCGCAUCAGCACCAGCAUCAGCACCAGUUCAGGUACCCGCAGGCCGCCCACGCUUGAGUUCAACUGGCAGCGUCAACGUUUUUGAAGUAUCGUCCCGCUCGCAACCACCGAAGUGCCAUCCCAUCUCAUCAUCUUCGCAUUCUUUCGCAACUUUGUCAAUCGCGCCUGGGAAGGACUUGCGCUUUGCCCAUCCCACAGCUUUUCGCCUUGCAAGCAUCCCGCACCCCGGCGCCAUUGCAGCGCUUUAGCUCGUUCCUCGCGAAAAGAAAGCCCUUCAGCGCCGUUGUAUUUAUCCGUCUACUUGCAAUCGCAAUUUGCCAUGACACGCGGUGCACAGACAUACCGUCUGUUCGCACUGCUUGCUUGCAUGC